UAAAUACUUAAAAGAGGGAUCUGACCUGAUGAAGGGAUGGCAGAGGAAGGCCUCGCGGAGCUGGAGAGGAGUAGCCAGAAGCAGAGUCUGACCUCCUCCCUCAGGUCCAACUCGAUCCUCACAUCAUUGAGCUCGCAGUAUCUGUCGCCUCCGCCGCCGCAUAUCCCGGCGCCGCCGCCGCCAUCGCCGGAGGCGGCGAUCGAGGGUUUUGUCCUUCUUCCCCUGUUGGUUGGGCUGUAACUGGAUUUCAAUCACGUGAGGCCCAUUCUCGUUAGGCCCAUAACGGGAUUUGGAUUACGUGCGGCCCAACAAAUGGGCUUGGGACUUUUUAUCUGAUUGGGCCCGGCCCAACCCAUCAAGGAGAGAUCGAGCUGCCCAUCCAUGGCGAUCGGAGGACAUAAGAGUGACCCCCAUGGCGAUGGCUGCGGAAGAGGAGAGGAGAGGAGGGAGACGCCUGCCUUGCUGCUCCGCCCGCGGUGACGCACCAGGCCCACGGCGGAGACGGCCGCCAUCGCCAUCGCCGCCGCCGCCGCCGCGUGAGCUACCUGCGUCGGCUUUGGUACGAGAGGAGGAUGAACGCCGGUAUGAGGGCGUGCGUGCUUCGAUCCAAGCUGGUCAACGAAAGGUUUCAUGGGUUUGGUUGGUUGAUGCCGUGGGGUCCUGCUGAUUGAUCUCCCACCUUUCUUGACUUGACAACCUUUUUCCAGCGAGAGACACAUGGGAUUGAUUACUAAUUAGUUUACGAGGAGUAGUUAAUUAACAAUUGCUUUCGAGAUGUCAAAAGGGCAGCACCUUUCACAGCUUCCUUUUCUUUCAUUUCUAGUUUUUUCUUUCUUUUCUAUUGAGUAGCGGCCUAAUUAGCACACGCCACCUGUUUCUCCUGAUUUCAGCGUUGCUGUCUGUCACAGUUCCGGAGAAAGAUGUUACUUUCCUUUUCUCUUCUUUCUAUUUUUUCUAUCGAUUGGGGACGAACUGCAUGUUUGUUCAUGUAUCUGUUUGUUUCUUACACCAGCUCAAUCUUUUCAGUUUUGAUUCGGCUGGUUAGCUGUUGAAUCGUAUUCUGUUUUUCUUCCCACCGGUACAGGUUUUGUGUGGAUGCCAGAGAAAGUUUUCUGUACCUUUCACUUUCAGGAUAGAAAAUUGGGCAUAGAAAACUGCAACAACUAGUAUGCAAUUAUUCAAUUUUCUGAGGUGUUCCCUUUUUUUUGAUGUUUGGGCAGAGUUUAGUACUGUUGCUUUAUUAAAUACUGUUUUAUCCUGUGGACCAUAGAUAUAUGCACUUGUUGAGCUAGGAGCCUAGGAUGACUGCUGGGAGAAAUUUCUAGUUUGUGGGGUUUUUAAGGCCGAGUUUAGUUCCAAACUUUUUCUUCAAACUUUCAACUUUUCCAUCACAUCAAAAUUUUUCUACACACAUAAACUUCUAACUUUUCCGUCACAUCAUUUCAAUUUCAACCAAACUUCCAAUUUUGGCGUGAACUAAACACAGCCUAACAAGGUUAUCACAUAGCCUUAUAUAGAACUUAGAUGUGAUUUGUCCAGCUGCAGCAUAAAAAUAUGCCCCAAAUCUUAUCUCUUGUCCUACUCAUUGUCUGGUUUCUGUGCUCCCUAUAUUUAUAAGGCAUGUGAUUUUCAAAUAAAGGGAGAUUUUUUAAGAUCCAGAUUGACUGAUGUGAAAAGCUUGCAUUUGCAGCAGAGCUUUCACCACUCGUUUUAGCUGGGAAGACGAGCGGGCAACAGAAUGGAAAGUUCAUCAGCUAGGAGCAACACCUCAGAGAGGAAUCGCGUAGAUUAUGCAAGAAGUGUGUCCAUGGAUUCUGCAGGUCAUUCUUUAGGUGCUAGGUCUGCCUCAAUCCUCAGUAGGAGAAGCAGCAGGCAGGGUUCAAGGGGAUCCAUCAGCCUCUCCCGUGAGAUGGGGGACUCGAUACUGAGCUCGAUGAGGCAUUCGCUUCAAUCAGCAGACCAGUUGCUAGGUGAUGUAGAUGGCUCAGUUCUUGCUCAGGUCAUUGACAGUGGUGACCGAGGGCUAGCAUUUGAAAACGACGUUGACGAAGAGGAAGAGAAUAAUGUGGAGGAUCAUCAGGCUGUUCCUCUCCCAGAUGAUACAUCAAUGCGGAUUCAUGGCAGAAGCUCUCAAGGCACAAGUGUGGUGGCACCCGUAUCUGCGAUGAAGCCAAAAGAUACUAAUGUUAACGGCCCAGCCAGUUCAUCUAUCAAGGUUGAACCAUAUAAGCUUUCAUGGAUGCAAGAUUAUGCUUCUUACCUGAUCCAUUUAGCCGUAUUUGGAUUUCUUGGGGUAUUUACAAGGUAUGGGCUCCAAAAACUGUUUGGCCCUAGCUGCCUGGCACUCACCUCAGACCAAAGCCCACUGUACCUUGACCUUCCAUCUAACAUGCUAGGAUCUUUCCUGAUGGGCUGGUUUGGGAUCAUCUUCAAGGCUGAUAUACGUCACAUAUCUGAUCAUCUCAUUGUCGGAAUCACGACAGGCUACAUGGGAAGCCUUACCACCUUCAGUGGGUGGAACCAGAAAAUGGUUGGCCUAUCUUCCAAAGGCCACUGGGUAUAUGCUGUAGCUGGCAUAGUACUAGGAAUGUUUAUCGUCAAUGAGUCCAUCACGGUGGGUGCGGAAACUGGUGAGCGACUGCGAGGAUGGAUCCUGAAAUGCAUCAUAGAGAAGAAUUCAAUAGGAAGCAAAUGCGGCUGGGAGGACUGGAGGGUGGACACCAGGACCAAACAUUAUGCGCUUCUUGGAGUUAUGGUGAUUCUGAUGUCUUUGAUAUGGAUCCUGAGCAUUGUGCUGGCCAUAGUGAAGGUGCAUAGCCUUGGCCAUGGCGCGGUUCUGUGGCUGGGUUGCUCGGUAGCACCUCCCGGUGUUUGGCUUCGCUGGUACUUGGCGAGGCUAAAUGGCGGAGGAAUUGGAAUCGGCAAGCGGAGACACCUCAAAUGGCUUCCCGUUGGAACACUUGCAGCCAAUGUUCUUGCAGCAGCAAUCAUGGCAGCUCUUGCUGUCACGGCUAAAGCGGAAAAUACAAGACGAUUGACUACUGUUCUUAAUGGCAUACAGCUCGGUUUCCUCGGUUGCUUGAGCACAGUAUCAACUUUUGCUGCUGAAGUUUACACCAUGAGAAGAAGUGGUCAGAUUGCAAGGGCAUUUGUAUAUGCUGCAGCCACCUUCGUUCUCUCAUUUGUGCUAGGAACUCUGAUAUACUCAGUGCCGGUGUGGGUAGAGCAUUACUGAUAGCAUCGUCACCAGUUGCAGAAUUGGAACCUUUGAUGGUUUAGCAAUUUGCUAAUCCAAGUAGCUUAGAUAAUACAAUCUAGAAACAAGCUUGCAAAGAAAAGCUUGGAACGCGGGAAUUUCAUUUCAACUGCCACGACGGAAUUUAGUACUGCACCAUAGCAAAAGAAUGCAUUUUUCUUGUUGUAAAGUGAGUAUGUAUACAGCAUUUCUGGAAUUGGAGAGUUGGGAAUACAUACAGUUGUAGCAUGAAGAAUAUUGUACAAACAAAAUUUUGAAGUGCAAAAACAAUGUCUAUUUUCCUAUAA